AUGUCGACACCCACGCCUGUGCCGAUUGCCAUUAUUGGCGGAGGUAUAUUCGUGAAAGAACAGCAUUUGCCCGCUGUGCUGGCCACGCCUCUGCUGUCGCUCAAGCUCAUCUACUCCCGCUCGCUCAAGUCCGCCAAGGAGACUUCGGGGCUCCUGCCGGCCUCGCACGGUGCUGUCGACCUCUAUUCAGAGGAUUCCGGCCCGGGCAAAUCCUACAAGGAUGUCCUCGCGCGUUCCGAUAUCGUCGGCGUGCUCAUUGCCCUCCCAAUCCGGAACCAGCCCGAGUUUAUCGAGGCUGCGCUCAAAGCAGGCAAGCACGUGUUGGCGGAGAAGCCAGUCGGGCCUGACGUCGAGUCGGCCAAGAAGUUGAUCUCCUGGUAUCGAGAGAUUGCCGCGGAGAAGAAGGUCACUUGGGCGGUGGCCGAGCAGUUUCGAUUCUUGCCCAAGUAUGUCUGGGCCGCGGAGCAGGCGCGAACCUUGGGCAAGGUGAUCGGUUUCAAUUUCAGAAUCUUCCAGCUGUGUGGUCAAGACAAUAAAUAUUUCAACACCGAGUGGCGGAAGAAUCCUACGCAUAACUUUGGUUUUAUCCUUGACGGCGGCGUUCAUUCGACUGCGGCCGUCCGCAUGUUCCUCGGCGAAGAUCAACCCCAGACGGUUAUUGGAUUUUCGUCUCUAGUUCAGAAGCACCUCGCACCGGUGGAUACGCUUUCUGCCGUCAUCAAAACCAAGUCCGGGGCAGUAGGUAGCUUUACUUGCAGCUGGGGUACCACCAUGAAAGCGACUGAGUACACUGUUGCUUGCGAGAAUGGCAGCGUCACGGUCGAGGGCGAUGCAGGCUGGAUUCUCCACAAGGAUGGCCGAAAAGAAGAGAAGGACUUCCCAUUCGUUGUUGGUUCUGGCGUGACAGAGGAGGUCCAGGCUUGGGGAGCUGCGAUCGCGGAAGGCAAGGAGAACUCGCUUCUCACGCCUGAGAUAACACUGGGCGACCUGGAGCUGUUGGAGUAUAUGUUGAGAAGCGCCGAGGAUGGUGGCGCUCCGAGGAAGCUGGAGCUUCAAUAG